AUGGCCAAAGGAGAAGGAGCUGAACAAUACUCCAAUGCCAGUUUAUUAAACAAGUCGGUCAGCUCGGAUUCUAUCAAGCUCUCAAGAAAGCAUGAGCAGAGGACCAGGUUGUCGGUCUGCAACAAGAUCUGCUAUGCAAUCGGCGGCGCGCCCUACCAGAUCACAGGAUGUGCUCUGGGCUUCUUCCUGCAGCUCUACCUACUCGACGUAGCUCAGUUGGAUCCCUUCUACGCCUCAAUCAUCCUGUUCGUCGGCCGAGCGUGGGACGCCGUGACGGACCCCACGGUGGGCUUUCUGGUCUCCCGGAGCCCGUGGACUCGUUUCGGACGGAUGAUGCCCUGGAUCUUACUGUCCACGCCUUUUGCCGUGAUGUCUUAUUUCCUCAUAUGGUACGUCCCCCCCUUUGAACACGGCAAAGUCAUCUGGUACAUUUUCUUCUACUGCAUCUUCCAGACCCUGCAGACAUGCUUCCAUGUGCCAUACUCUGCCCUCACCAUGUUCAUCACCUCCGAGCAGAAGGAGAGGGACUCCGCUACGGCGUACAGGAUGACGGUGGAGGUUCUGGGCACCGUCCUCGGCACGGCCAUCCAGGGUCAGAUCGUGGGCAACGCUCACGCCCCCUGCCUGUCCUCCAACUCCUCCAUUCCCCCGAGCCACAACAUCUCCGACCAUUCCCUGCAGCACACGAGGAACGCGUACAUGAUCGCGUCCGCCGUCAUCUGCUCCAUGUACAUCCUGUGCGCCGUCGUCCUGUUCUGCGGCGUGAGGGAACACGAGGCUGUGGGGAUCAAAUCGAAGCCGAUGCCCUUCCUACAGGGCAUCAAGAUGGUGAUGGGGUACGGGCCGUACGCCAAGCUGGUCAUGGGCUUCCUCUUCACCUCGCUGGCUUUCAUGCUCCUGGAGGGAAACUUCGCUCUCUUCUGCAGCGCCACGUUGGGAUUCAGGAAGGACUUCCACAACAUCCUGCUGGUCAUCAUGGUCUCCGCUACGCUGGCCAUCCCGUUCUGGCAGUGGUUCCUGACUCGCUUCGGGAAGAAAAUGGCAGCUUACGUCGGAUCCUUGUCUGCCGUUCCCUUCAUGAUCAUGGUGGUGUGCGUACCGAGAAACCUCAUCAUCACCUACUUCGUGUCUUUUGCCUCCGGCGUGGCGGUGGCUGCAGCCUUCCUGCUGCCCUGGUCCAUGCUGCCCGACGUCGUCGACGAUUUCCAGGUCCAGAACCCGGACUCCACGGGACACGAAGCCAUCUUUUAUUCCUUCUACGUUUUCUUCACCAAGUUCGCCUCUGGCAUCUCGCUCGGCGUUUCCACGCUGAGUUUAGACUUUGCUGGAUACAUCACCAGAGGUUGCUCCCAGCCUAAGGAAGUGGACCUGACCUUGAAGCUGUUGGUUUCGGCCGCCCCCAUCGCCCUCAUCUUCAUCGGCCUGGGAAUCCUGUACACGUACCCCAUCACCGAGGAGAGGAGGCAGGGCAACCGCAAGAUCCUACAAGAGCUGAGGGACGAGGCGGACUCGGAGUCGGACUCCACGGAGGUGACGGAAAUGAUCUAGCGCGUCUUCUGGAAGCAACGUCCGGACCAAUCUGUUGGCCGGCUGACAUUUUGCACUGGGCGGGACCAACGGACCAGGACCCGGACCUUUCUGUGCCCGUAGGAUCGCACAGAAACCGCAUCGUCCGACCAACGCUGCUGCUGCUGCUGCUGCUGCUGAGGAUCCAAGUACAAACCGUAUGAGCCGCGCUGGCCUUUCCCAAAACAUCCCGCUCCUCCAUUUUAAAUUUUUUUUUUUUUUAUCUCCGCGAUGUUUUCCUGGUGUGACUUUCGACGCCUCGCCAAGCCUUACCUUUUUGUACGACAUGCUACUAUCGAGUACAAAGUGAGAAACUUUUUUUUCCUUUUAAAGGUUGGUCUCUAAAUGAAAUUGCACAAAAAAAAAAAGUAAAAAAAGAAGGAGGGCGGGAGGGGUAAACUUUGCAUUAAUGGUGCUUUUGUACGUGCGACACUGAACAGUAACGACCUUUAGCACUGCGCUGGAAAUAACGUCACAGUAGACUUUCAAACAUCGGAAGAAGCUGCCAUUUUGUCAUUUUGUGGUUUUUUUUGCCUGAAUUUCACUCAUAUUGCAGAGGCAAAAUUUGAAAAAACAAAACACAAACCGACGACGAGUGCCAAUCGCUCACUGAAUAUCUCAUUGUAGUUUACAAAAGCGGAUCAAACGUUCGCGUCGCGUGAGCGCAGCGAGUGUGCGCACA